CUCUCUCUCCUCCCUCCUCCUCCAGGCUUAAAGAGAGAAGUGAUCAACCUGAGAGUUUAAACAAACCAGAGAGCCGGCAGAGCACACACACUUGCACAGACGCACUCACAAGCUGCUGAGCGCCGAGGAAACUCUACCGAGCCGCAGCAGAGGGCCAAGCUGAGACAAAAGAAAUUACCUGAAGAAGUACCUGAAAAGCGGAUCUAAUUGAAGGAGAAGCAACCCAGGACGUCCCAGGAAAAAUCUGGAAGAGUGGGGAUAAAACCAGACCUUUGCCUCCUCCACAAACUUUCACCUCCUAACCCUUGUCUGUCAGCUCCCCGUCCAGCCUAUCCCUCAGCACUCUGACAUAAGCUAUUCUCCAGUGGCCAGAGGAGCUCGAUCUCAGACUCACAACUGAUUUCACAACUGUUUUCCGUGAUGGAAGCCCCUACCUUGGCAGAGAUGGGAGACUUGUGUCACCCCCGGUCUCCCUCUCCAGAAGGGGAGACAGUGUGUGCAGCUCUAGCCCGCUAUGAGAAGACUCUCAGAGAUGCCAUUAGGGAGAUCCACAUGGAUGUCAGCACUUUUAAGCUGGGCAUGGAAAGACGUCUGGAGGAGACGGCCAACCUGAGUGGGCCUCUUGGACGAGCUGUGGCUCAGCUCCAGCAGGAGAACCGACAGCUCAAGAGUCAGCUGGAGGUUCUCACCCGACAGGUGGAGCUCCUGAGCGGGAUGACGUGCGACAGGAGCACCUUCAACUACAGCCACAAUCACAGCCAGAAUAACAAGAAUCACCUCAGUGACAUUCAGAAGAACCAUCAGGAGAUUAAAGAGGUGGUCUACGGAAAGGGUCAGGCUCAGGCUCAGGCUAACACUCAGAGCCAGGCUCACCUCCAUAUCCAGUCCUGCAGCCUGGGGAGCCAGGCUCAGACCUAUGGCAGUCAUUCCAGUCCUGCGUCCCCACCUGCCCCCCUCUCAUCCUCACCGACUUCCAGCAGUCCACCUGUGGGUGCCAGAGUUUCCUCCAUGAUGACGGGCCCGGUGUCAGGCAGCAGCCCCUCCACCACUCGCUUCUCUAGCCGAGCCACAUUUGCCGUGUCCAGCAAGACGAAUAGCAUUGAGAGAGAGGAGCCAAUAGAGGUGGACCCCGCCCCAGCACACGCCGGCCAGGAGAACGGACACGCUGCUCCCACAGAACAUUCAGGAUUGGUACACGGAAAGAUCUCUCUGCUCAAUGACUUGCCACACGAGCACACAGCCCCCGUUGCCAUGCGAAUGCCACACCUCCCAAUCACUGCGACAACCAAGAUGGCCGAGGGCCCCGACUCCCCCAGCAGCCCUGUUGGUUCUUGCUCCUCUCCAGUCUCUGGUGCCUCACCUACUGGCCAAUCAGCUGCUAGUGCCAAACAGACACAACCAAUUGAGGAGUCUCCAGUUCAUCCAGUAUCCUCUACAUGGACUCCUACACCUAUCAGAGCUCUGGGAUCUCCCCACCUUCAAGAGAAAGCAAAUUCAGCUCCAGCGAAGUCGGUCACCUACUCAGGGCUGCUGCAGCAUGACGGAGAUGGUGACAGAUCCUUCGGGCAGGUGGGAGAGAGGAGGCGAGAGCUAGUGAGGUCACAGACUUUGCCACGGAACAUUGGCGCUCAGGCUCGUCGGUCCAUCUUUGAAAGACUGGACUCAGAAACGAGCAACAGUCGCCCCAAACCAGUGGACUCUAAACCCAAGCUGAAAAGGUCUCAGAGUUUCGGGGUGUCCAGUGCCAGCAGCAUCAAACAGAUCCUGCUUGAGUGGUGCCGCUCUAAGACCAUAGGCUACCAGAACAUUGACAUCCAGAACUUCUCGUCCAGCUGGAGUGAUGGGAUGGCUUUCUGCGCUCUGGUGCACUCCUUCUUCCCCACCGAGUUUGACUACAACUCUCUGCUGCCCGCCCACCGUAAAGACAACUUUGAACUGGCCUUUAGGACUGCAGAGCUGAAGGCAGGCUGCGACCGGCUCAUCGAGGUGGACGAUAUGAUGAUCAUGGGUCGUAAACCAGACCCUAUGUGUGUCUUCACCUACGUCCAGUCCCUCUACAACCACCUGCGCAAGUUUGAGUGAAGCUCAAGAGCAGAGGAUCCCUUCUGUUGCAUGGUUCUCCCUCCAGACUCAUCCUCUUCUUCAUUCUUUGUGCCUGACAUGAGCUGAUUGAGAUCUGCAGCUGGCAUGGGAGCAACCUUGAAAAGACUAGACUGCUCCCUGGUGGUGGAGUGGUCACCAUUGGUUCACAUGCUGCAGCCAAACUGCCAUCAGCUCAGUUCACAGAUACACAGUGGACAGUAACUGAUUGGGAGAACACUGUGUGAUGUCAGCUGUAAUGAAGAGGAUGAAUUUACACACGAACGUCAGGGUUGGUUUAUCAGCAGUAGUUUUUGUGUGUGUGUGUGUGUGUGUGUAGUUGAGAUAUAUUGAAUGCAGAGCGCAACCAUUGCUUUGUUGUACAAAACUUUAUUAUCAUCACACCUGUUUGACAGUGAGUGUCCAAAUUAACCUGAAAUCUUGCAACAAUGGAGAGGAUGUAUGUUCCAUAAAUGUCACAGAAUAAGUCAUUUAGUUUGUGAUGAAACCGAGCACGGAGUGUGGCAGAAUAUCUGACUGGAUAUUACAGAAAACACAAAGAUGUGUUUGUUAAAUGCAGCUGACUGCUGACUGACAUGUACCUCCACAUAUGCUGUGAUAUUGUGUUAUCGAGAUGAUGUUGAGAUACGGAAAAAUAAAUUGUAUUGUUUGGCACCUAAAA